CAACAAUACGCGUGGGUGCCGUACCUCCUCCCUUGCUUCCUCCGACCAUGUCCGAGACGAGCAGUGUAUUCUCGUCCGCGAGCGCGAUCCCCUCUACCGCCGACGCCGUGGAGGCGGAUGAGUGCGGUGUCGUCGCGGUGGCGGACACGCAUAUGCACCUCAGGAUCGCGGCGAUCUUCAUCAUCCUUGUCGGCGCGACUGGUGGUGCCCUCUUCCCUGUACUCGCGAAGCGGUCCAGGUGGCUGAAAGUGCCCACGAGCAUGUUCAACUUCGCCAAGUACUUUGGAUCCGGAGUUAUAAUAGCAACUGCUUUCAUUCACCUCCUUGCCCCGGGACUUGAAGCCCUCGAGUCCGAAUGCCUUUCAGAUGCAUGGCAUGAAUAUCCGUACGCAUUGGCAUUAUGCAUGGUCAGCAUCUUUGGCAUCUUUGUCACUGAGCUUCUAGCAUUCCGCUGGGGUUCAAGCAAACUCGCGAAGUUGGGCUUGCAUCAUGACGCGCACGGCCAUCAUGCAGGUUCGCAUGCUGCUCACGGCCCCGAGGGUCAGUUGACAUCGCCAGAAGAAGAUGCGGGGACGCUAUCCGAGAAGCCCGAGGGCAAGCGAAGUCUCUCGAUAGAAGAGCGGACGCGGAGUCCGUCACUAGACAUGUCCUUGGCCGAGGAGGACAUCGAGGCUCAGAAGGCGCCGCGACACGGACAUGAUGAGAAGCAUCCGCACGACCAUCACCACCACGGCGCAAGCCACGAAGACGGCCAGCAUUCCUCGAUACCACAAAUAAUUGGCGUCGCCAUCUUGGAGUUCGGUGUCAUUCUGCAUAGUAUACUAAUCGGCCUGACGCUCGCCGUUGACGAAUCGUUUACGGUGCUUUUCAUCGUGCUGACCUUUCACCAAACUUUCGAAGGCCUCGGUAUCGGCUCGCGCUUAGCCUACAUGAAGCUACCCGCACGAUACAACUACAUCCCCAUCGUCGCUGCGCUCGUCUAUGGCUUGACGACGCCGUUGGGUCUGGCGAUCGGGCUUGGGGUCCGCACGUCAUAUAACCCCGCGAGCGCCACCGCAUCUAUCGUGAGCGGCGUGCUCGACUCGGUGAGCUCGGGGAUCUUGAUUUACACAGGGCUAGUCGAGCUUCUGGCACACGAGUUCUUGUUUAGCAAGGACAUGAUGAGCGCGUCGAACGGGCAUGUGUUGUACGCGCUCGGGUCGAUGUUCCUCGGGUGUGGGGUCAUGGCGCUAUUGGGGAGAUGGGCAUGAGGUACAUGCCUGCUUUUCCUCAGUGCCAUGACUUGCAGCAGCGGCGAGAAUCACUCGCUGGUUCCUGCAUCCCGCUUGACUGACGCUUAGCGUCACGGCGGCGCGUCCAGGUGCAGGGUGUUUCUCCGGAUAGCAUCCUCGCAGUCAACCUCCAUUGCACAGUCUAUUGGAAUACUCUGCACACAGACUAUGACUUAUUCGCGCUCUUGAAUACUUCAACAAUGUACAAUUAGCACGCAACGAACGUACUACCUAGUCAAAAGUAUAGCCCUACCGUAGCGUAGCUGUAGCGAUAGUAAUGCGCGUAAACGCGCUCUCGGCUUCUCUGCGUCUGUACAGGCAAUACUUGUGUGUGAGUCUCGCCCGGAA